CGCCCUGCCUCUCGGAUGGCACUUUGUUUGGGUAUUGUGCUGUGGUAUUUUUCGCCAUCUCUCAGAACAGCCGGAAAAGGAAAGUUUUGGGCGGUGCGYGACUCCCUCACCUCCCCUUCCGCCGCCCGCUCCGCCCCGGUUGCUGCGGAACGGGAACGCCGCGCAGUUUUCGGCAUGGCAGUGGACUGGCUCGGCUUUGGUUACGCCGCCCUGGUGGCAUCGGGAGGGAUUAUUGGCUAUGCAAAAGCAGGUAGUGUUCCAUCACUAGCUGCUGGUGUUUUCUUUGGGAGUUUGGCUGGACUAGGUGCUUAUCAGGUCUCACAGAAUCCACAUAAUGUUUGGGUUUCUCUGAUUACAUCUGGAGCACUGACUGCUGUCAUGGGAACAAGAUUUUACAACUCCAGAAAAUUCAUGCCUGCAGGACUAAUUGCUGGUGUCAGUUUGCUAAUGGUUGGAAGAUUAGCACUGAAAUUGUUGGAAAAGCCCCACGAAAAGUAACUGKUCAUUUUACAUCUUAAUAUUUGGAAAAGGACACCUGGUAAUGAAGUUGAAUGAAUGCAGAAGCGAAAAGUUGGAAGAAUUUUGUGUAUCAAGACACUUUUUUCCCUUUUUUAUGUGAGGGAGUAUUUUAUAGUUUAGAUAGUUUAUAUACAAGGUACCAUUUGUUCCAAGAUUAGGUAGAGCCAUUUGUGGAUAGAAAUAGGUCCUGAGUUUCGUUUUUCUGGACAUGUUUCAAUGUAUUUUAACACUUCCAGUUUUUAUAUUCCACAAUAUUCUGCUGACAUGUAUGAAGCAGAGAGAACCUGCAAUUAAGAAAAGAAAAUAUCCUCAAAGAAGCAUCAGGAGUAACUGGCUAACUGCAACAGUGUAUCUCAAACCUUUUAUACUGAUUAUUACAGUGUGCUUUACCUGUUGCAUUCUGAAUUAAUAUACCAUGUCUUUAUAAUGUCACACAGAUACUGCCUUUUUAUUGUGAAGUGUUGUUAAAAUGAUGCUUUUCUAUAAGUAAAAUCUGUUACAAACCUUUA